ACCAGUAGAGUGGUCACGGUAUGUGGCAGGUGGCCAAGCAGGCCAGAACAUCCCAGUGCCAACCAAUGGGAAUACAGGCAGUUAGGUCAGCUGAUGCUUUAGAUGGAAUAAGCACAGCCACAUCAUCAGAUGAAGAUAAAACACAGGCACUUAUGAGCAGAUCAGGCACCUUCGCUGUAGAACAAAGUACACUAUUGCUCAGGCACCACAAGAAGGGAAGAGCGCUCUCAUAUAGGUGGUGCCUGGAAGGGAUUGUGUGGACAGGAAUAAGGGAUUUGCACAGAUCCUUAAAGGUACAGCUUGUGCUCAUGUGCCGCUCCUGUGAGUUGUGCCAGAAACUGUCACUGCUUGCAACAGUAUAGAGGAGAAUGUCCGCAGAAGGAAGCAGGAGCCGUGUGUGUGGUUGGCCAAGUUCAGCAUCUGCCACCCAGGAGGAGCCGGAGAAGACGGAGGACCAGUCAAAGGAGGAGACGGACGGCGAGCCCAAGAAGAAGAGGGAGCAGACGGACAACAACCGGAGGGAGACCACUGAUGACGCCAUCCUACAGCCGGAGGAACGGGCCGCUUUUUACAGACUCCUGGACGAAGGACACAUCCAGCUAUUUCUAGGCAGGGACAGCUGCUAUAAGAUCGCGGACAAGUAUCUCCUGGCCAUGGUCCUCAUCUACUUCCGAAGAGCCAACCUGCGUAAGGAGGAAUAUAACACCUACUUCUUUCCAGCGCUGUUUCUUGCCAACCAGUUUGAAGAGGAUGAGAUGUUUCGACGCGAGAUCUACCCCUGGGCCCUCGGACCGAUGUGGACGGCGAUGAAGACCUGGAUGCUACACCUGCGGAACCUGCUGCUCCUCCGGAUGAGAUUCCACGCUUGGGUGACCAGAGACACCUGUGAUCGGAUCAUGGCACAAGACCCCGAGUACUGGGCAUGGAAGAGAGAGCGGAAGGAACAUCACGGCUGGGCUAUACGCUGGUACCGGAGGGAUCCUGGAGAAUACAUCCCGAGAGGCCCAUGGUGGAUCCCUCCCGCCUGCUCCAUCUGUAUCACCGAUCUGCAGCCUUGUGCCGGGGAAGAGAGCACCAAGCGAAGAAGAACGAAGAAAGAAGAACAGAACGGAUGAAGACCAAGCCGCCCCAGAUGUAUUUUUAAGGGCACGUUCCUACUUGGCAUAUACGUAGCG